AUGGAUUUCCAAUCAAAUCAAUAUCCAGCAUGGUGUGAAGAUAAUGGAGCAACAAUUUCAAUGGAACAUAUAUUAACAAUUUUUACAAGAUUAUCUACACGAUUUGGAUUUCAAGAUGAUAACGUUAAAAAUGUAUUUGAUUUAUUUAUGACUCAAUUAGAUUCAAGAUCAAGUAGAAUGACAUGUAAAGAAGCUUUAAAUUCAUUACAUUUAAAUUAUAUAAGUGGUAUAAAUUCAAAUUUUAAAAAAUGGUAUUUUGCAGCACAAUAUAUUUAUGAUGAAAUUGAAGAUUGGACACCAAAAUCAAAGGCUAAGAUCAAGAAAACAAGUGUUAAUAUGGAAAUUUGGAAUUCAAAAUUUAAUAAUAUAAAUGAUGAAGAAAUUAUUAAACAAAUCGCUUUAUAUUUAUUAAUUUGGGGUGAAGCAAAUAAUAUAAGAUUUAUGCCUGAAGUUUUAUGUUUUAUUUAUCAAUGUGCAUUAGAUUAUAAUGGCCCCGAUUUUAAUAAAUUUUAUUAUUUAGAUAAAAUUAUAACUCCCAUAUAUAAAUUUUUAAGAGAUCAACAAUAUUGUUUAAUUGAAAGUAAAUGGUGUAGAAAAGAAAUUGAUCAUUCACAAACUAUUGGAUAUGAUGAUAUAAAUCAACAUUUUUGGAGUCCUAAGAGAUUAUAUAAAUUAAAAUUAUUUGAUGGUUCCAAAUUAUAUCUGAUAAAUAAAUAUCAAAGAUUUAAUGAAAUUCAAUCUAUAGAUUGGAAAAAAUCAAUGUCAAAAACUUAUAGAGAAAGAAGAACUUGGAUUCAUGUAUUUAAUAAUUUUAGUAGAAUUUGGAUAAUUCAUGUUUCUGUUUUUUGGUAUUUUAUGUCUUUCAAUUCACCAUCAUUAUAUACACCAAAUUUUAAACCAGAUUCAGAAACUUUUUUACAUAUUAGAUUAUCAAUAGUUUCAGCUGGUGGUGUUUUAGCUGCAUUAAUAUCAUUUUUUGCAGCCAUUUCUGAAUUUUUAUUUUUAAAAACAAAUAAUAUCAAAAAUUUAAUAAUUUUUUUGAUAUUAAUUAUAAUCAAUUCAGGACCAAUCGUUUAUGUUUUGGUGUUUGAACCAUGGGAUAGAUAUUCAUAUGAAGGAGAAAUCAUAUCUGGAUUAAUGUUAAGUUUAUCAAUAUUAACAUUUUUUUAUUUAUCCACAAUACCUCCUGGUAGCUUUAAUCUGAUUUUUACAAAUUCAUUUCCAAAUUUAAAAUUGAGACAAAGAUUAUUUUCAAUUGCACUUUGGAUUGGUGUUUUCAUUGCAAAAUUUUCAGAAAGUUAUUUUUUUUUAAUUUUAUCAUUAAAAGAUCCAAUUCAAAUUUUAUCAACUUUAGAAUUAAAUUGUAAUGGAAGUCAUUUCUUGUGUCAAUUUCAACCAAAGUUCACUUUAAUAUUAUUUUAUUUUAAUGAUUUAAUAUUGUUUUUUUUAGAUACUUAUUUAUGGUAUGUCAUAUGUAAUGUAUUAUUUUCAGUUGGUUUAUCAUUUUCAUUAGGAGUUUCAAUUUUUACACCUUGGAGAAAUAUUUUUUCAAAAUUACCUGAUAGAAUUUUAACCAAGAUAUAUUAUGGUGAUACUCAAAAUUUAAUAUUGGUUAUAUCCCAAAUAUGGAAUAGUAUUAUAAUAUCUAUGUUCAGAGAACAUGUUUUAUCAGUUGAACAAGUUAGUAAAUUAAUAUAUCAAAAGGAAACUGAUGAAGAUAUUAUAAAUCCUCCAUUAUUUUUUGUAAGUGAAGAUGAUAAUACAUUUAAAUUUCAUUCCAUAAUUAAAAUUGAAGAAGAAUGGGAAAGAAGAAUUACAUUUUUUGCUCAAUCUUUAUCAAGUCCAUUACCAGAGCCAUUUCCAGUAGUUUCAAUUCCAACUUUUACUGUAUUAAUUCCACAUUAUUCAGAACAAAUAUUAAUUGGAUUAAAAGAUUUAAUUAAAGAACAAAAUUAUUCAAAAUUAAGUUUAUUAGAUUAUUUAAAACAAUUACAUCCAAAUGAAUGGAAAUCUUUUGUUCAAGAUAGUAAAAUGAUUUAUAAUUUAGAUAAAUUAGAAGAAGAAAUGAAUGAAGAUUUACCUUAUUAUUGUAUUGGAUUUAAAGAUUCAUCACCUGAUAAUAUCUUAAGAACAAGGAUUUGGGCAGCAUUAAGAUGUCAAACUUUAUAUCGUACAGUUUCUGGUUUCAUGAAUUAUGAAACUGCUUUAAAAAUUUUAUAUAGAAGUGAAAAUAUUGGAUUAGAUAUAGGAAAUGAUUUAUUUAUUGAAGAAGAAUUACAAGAAUUUGUAAAUAGAAAAUUUUCUUUAUUAAUUGCAAUGCAAAAUUUUCAAAAUUUUAAUGAAAAUUUCAAAGAAGAUUCAGAAUCAUUAUUUAGAAAUUAUCCAAAUUUAAAAGUUGCAAUAUUAGAAGAAGAAAAUGGUUUAUAUUUUUCUACUUUAUUAGAUGUUUCUCAAAGAGAUGGUAAGGGAAAUUAUGAUAAAAAAUAUAAAAUUAGAUUAUCAGGAAAUCCAAUAUUAGGAGAUGGAAAAUCAGAUAAUCAAAAUAAUGCAAUAAUAUAUUAUAGAGGUGAAUAUAUUCAAGUUAUUGAUUCAAAUCAAGAUAAUUAUAUUGAAGAAUGUCUUAAAAUUAAAUCUUUAUUAAGUGAAUUUGAAGAAAUUGAAAUUAUUGAUGACCAGCAAAUUUCACCAGUUGCAAUUGUUGGAACAAGAGAAUUUAUUUUUUCACAAAAUAUUGGUAUAUUAGGAGAUAUAGCAGCAGGAAAAGAACAAACUUUUGGUACUUUAUUUGCAAGAACAAUGGGAGAAAUUGGUUCAAAAUUACAUUAUGGUCAUCCUGAUUUUUUAAAUGGUAUAUUUAUGAUUACAAGAGGUGGAAUUUCAAAAGCUCAAAGAGGUUUACAUUUAAAUGAAGACAUAUAUGCUGGUAUUACUGCUACUUGUAGAGGUGGUAGAAUAAAACAUUUUGAUUAUUAUCAAUGUGGUAAAGGUCGUGAUUUGGGGUUUCAAUCAAUUGUAAAUUUUACAAAAAAAAUUGGAAGUGGUAUGGGUGAACAAUUAAUUUCAAGAGAAUAUUUUUAUUUAGGUACAAAAUUACCAAUUGAUAAAUUUUUAUCAUUUUAUUAUGCUCAUCCUGGUUUUCAUAUUAAUAAUUUAUCUAUAAUGUUAUCAGUUAAAAUUUUCAUGUUUUUAGUUAUUAAUUUAGGUUCAUUAAAUUUUGGAACAAUUGAAUGUGAUGAUACAAAUCAACCAGGUUGUCAUAAUUUAAAACCUGUAUUAAAUUGGAUUGAUAGAUUUGUUUUAUCUGUUUUUGUUUGCUUUUUUAUAUCAUUUUUACCAUUAAUUAUUCAAGAACUUAUUGAAAAGGGUUUUGUAAGAUCAAUUUUUAGAAUAGUUUUACAUAUAAUUUCAUUAUCACCAUUUUUUGAAGUAUUUAUAUGUCAAGUUUAUUCAAGAGCAUUAAGAGAUAAUUUUGUAUUUGGAGAAGCUCAAUAUAUUGCUACAGGUAGAGGAUUUGCUAUAUCAAGAAUUUCAUUUGCAAAUUUAUAUUCAAGAUAUGCUAACCUAUCAAUUUAUUAUGGUGCAGAAAUUUUUUUAGUAAUUUUAUUUGGAAUUUUAACAGUUAAAAGAUCAGCAUUACUUUGGUUUGUUAUAACUAUUUUAUCAUUAUGUUUAGCUCCAUUUUUUUUCAAUCCUCAUCAAUUUAAUUUUAUUGAUUUUUUUGUUGAUUAUAGAGAUUUUAUAAGAUGGUUAUCAAGAGGUAAUACAAAAUAUAAAGAAUCUUCAUGGAUUCAAUUUUGUAAAUCUAGUAGAUCAAGAUUAACUGGAGAAAAAUGUGAAGGUUUUUUACUGGGAAGAAAUACAACUACUUUUAAUUUAUUAUUUGGUGAAGUUAUUAUACCAUUAAUUACAUUCAUAUUAUAUUUGAUUCCUUUUUUAUUUUUACAUUCAGAUACAAACUUAUUUGAAUUACUGUUUAAAAAUCCAUUAUUGAAAUUAGCUAUUGGAAUAUUUGCACCAUAUGUUAUAAAUUUAGUAAUGUUAAUCAUAAUUUGGUCAUUAUCAUUAACCAUGGCUCCUAUAUUUGAAAAUUUUAGUUUUAUACAUUUAGUUGGUGCAUUGCUAGUUAUUUUUAGUUUUCAUAGAGUAUUUUCAAAUUUCAUAUUAAUAACUUGUGUAUCAAGAGAACGUCAAGAAGAAGUAAAUAAAGCUUGGUGGUCAGGUAAAUGGUAUAAAAGUGGAUUAGGUAUAAGAGUUGUUACUCAAAAUAUAAGAGAAUUAAUUAUAAAAAUUUUAGAAUUAAAUAAAUUUACAUUUGAUUUUAUUUUAAAUCAUAUGUUGUUAUUUUUUAUGUUUCCAAUUUUAUUUAUACCAUUUAUUGAUUCAUUACAUACAAAUAUUGAAUGUUUAGACUAUAAUACUUUAAAGUUGAAUAACCUAAAGCUAAAUAAUUCCCCACUGUUUCAAUUAUCUACACAAUCUCCAAAAUCAAGUGGUAAAAGAAUAACAAGAGAUGGAUUAAGUGAAUAUAGUGAAAAUGAUACUGAUUUAACUUCAGAAAAUUCUGAUGAAUUUGAAGGUUGGGAUGAAUGUUUUAAUAAAAAUCAAAGUAUAUAUCAACAAUUAAAUCAAAGAUUAAUUGCUAGAAAAGUAGCUCAACAAAAACAUGCUGAAAAUGAACUAAGGCAACAACAACAACAACAUCACCAAAAUUAUUUACAAAAUAAACGAGAUCCGAAUCAAACACUAAGGAUACAAAAAUUAACAAAUGAAAAUUUAACUUUAUUAGAUCAAUUAGAAAAUGAACAAACUAUAGAAAUAUCAAGAGAUGAUAAUGAACUAUUUGAAGAUGGAUUUGAAGAACAAAGUAUUCAAAAAAUAAGUAAAUUAAAAACGGAACAAUCAAUGCCAACAUUAAGACAAAAUAAUCAUACCUUAAAAAAUUUCAAUUCAUUUAAUUUUAAUAAUAAGAUUAAAAAGAAAUUAGAUCGAAUACCUUCAUUUUAUAAUCCACCAAUUCCAAAAGAUCAAGUUCUUCAGAAGUUCAAAGAAUUCAAAACUGUACAUCAUCAUCAUCCAAAUAAAAAAUUAAAUAAUUAUAGAACUGAAAAAAUUAUAAAUUCAAAUUCAAUGAAAUUUAAUAAAAAUUUAAAUAAAUGGGAAGGAAAUGAAGAAGAAUUAAUUAAAUUUGAUAAAAAACCAUCUCUAAUAACAAAGAAGGAGAUAAAUAAUAUUCCAAGAAAAAAACAAGGUAAUAUGUUUUAUGAUGAAGAAAAUUUAAAAUGGAUUAAUUUAGAUGAAGAAGAUGAAAUAUUAGAUAUUCCUGAUUUAAUUGAACAAACAAAUUUACAAUUACAAUCUCCUAUAAGAGGGUUAAGUCAAUAUACUCAAAGAACAGCAUCUACUGUUAAUUUUCCACAACCAUCAAAUAAUAAUAAAAAAUCAUCAACAAUAAAUAUUAAUAAUGAUUAUAAAUUAAAUCAAAAAUUAAUUGAAAAAUUUGUUAAAGAAGAACAAAAAAUUGAUAGAAAAAUAAGUCAUUGGUUUAUUGAUUCAAAUGAAAUUAGAAAAGAUUAUUAUUGGGAAAUAAGGAAAAUGGUAAUGGAGGAAUGA